AUGGCUUGGUGGGACAGUUCUGCAUCCGGCUGGGUCCACAAUCUCGUGCCAAACUACGCAAAAGAGAUCAAUAGGUUCCGAAUCGAACUCGAGGGCGAGAUUGAUAUUCUAGUUAACCACCCGGGACAUCAGCACAUAGUGAGCCAGAGAAUUGCUAUGACUGCUAAAUCAUUGCGCAAGAUUAAAAUGAUGGCGAAUGAUAUUUCGGUGUAUUUCCCGGAUAAUGCAUUCGUCGCUCACAAACGCCCUGGUUUCUUUCAGACUACUUUCCCCCGACUAUGCGAUUUUAUUGAGAACACUAUGUUCGAGCUUAGUAGAAUUCUGAUAUUCGAGCCGCAGAGUGAGCGGUCCGUUGCCUGGCAGCUUCAGGAUUUGCUCGAUUCCCUAUAG